CUUCUACUCUCCUUCUCUACCCAAGAACAACCUCAACAACCAACACCAUGUGUGGCUACUACGGAAACUACUAUGGCGGCCUGGGCUAUGGAAGCUACGGCUACGGAGGCCUGGGCUGUGGCUAUGGCUCCUGCUAUGGGUCUGGCUUCCGCAGGCUGGGCUGUGGCUACGGCUAUGGUGCCCGCUCUCUCUGCGGAAGUGGCUACGGCUGUGGCGCCCGCUCUCUCUGCGGAAGUGGCUACGGCUAUGGCGCCCGCACUCUCUGUGGCUGUGGUUACGGAUGCGGCUCUGGCUCUGGCUCUGGCUUUGGCUACUACUAUUGAGGAUGUCGUAGAAGACUCUCACCCUCCAAUUCACGAGUUCUGGACCCCAAAAGUUCUCUGCCUCACCCUCAGAUGAUGCUCAUUGUACAUAAUACUACAGACUUCUGAUAUGAUUUGCUAAAGGCCUGAUAUAUGUAUCUGAUGCCACUUGAUAUCUGGAAGAAUAUGAAAUUCACCUUAUGAGCUGAUGUUCUUCUUCACAUUGAGAUGAUUUUGGUAUAGAUUCAUUUUAAUAAUUUUAUCCUAAAUUUGUUUCUAUUUUCCUAAUAAAUUUUGAACUAAUAAA